CAUGAAGGCGUGUGUGUGUUUUCUGCUUGUGUGUGUGUUGGCAGCGCAGGCUGAGGAGUCGCCGAAGAUCCUCACGCUCAGCAAAGUCAUGAAUGAACUCAAGAAGAUUCAGCAGGGGCUGACGAAUUCAGACAUGACUUGGUUCAACUCUCCAGCCACCAAUGAUUUGAAGGACUGCUGUGUUGCCUCUGCUCUGGAGUGUUUCAGGUCUAAAGUGGUCCACCUGUCAGUUUCUAAUCCUAACCUAAAGAAGGCGCAGAACUUUGUCUCUAAAGAGCUGCGCAAAUCAUUCAUUGUGAAAAGUGUGUCCUGCACACCACAAGAGACACAGAAAGCUCAGUGCAAAUCAUGCGAUGCGUACACAAUGGUCAACAGCCGAACGUUUGUGGACAACUUCAAAACUCUUCUGCAAAAGAUCUAUGCCAGUCAAGCGUAGAGACUAGAAGAGUCUGUGAAGGACAGUAUGACACUACCCACCGCUCCUGCUAUUUUAUUUAUUGAUUAUUUAUUGACAAUUUUGCUGUUUAUUUAACUUUGGAUAUGUAAAAUGAGUGUUCACGAUGACACCGGAGUGUGUUUUGAGAAACUGAGCUCCUAAGCUUCUUUCAGUGGUCUGUUUUGCUGGGUUUUGCCGCCACCGUGUGGUGAAAUCUCCUCACUGCAAAACCUUUUAAUAAUGCAAGGGUUUUGAGAUCUUUUCCCUUUAGCAAGUAUGCAAGAAUUGUAUUCUUCGCCACUCAGUUCAGAUGUGUCAUAGCUGAUAUUUAAGAUGUAUCU